AAUUCGUGUACGUGCAUUGAACGCUCUGGGCGAUGGCUCGUUCUCCUCCGCGCUCAAUGUGGCCACCCUACCACCACGCCCUGAUGCGCCACAGUUCGUCGGGUUCACCAAUCUGACAGCCAAUUCCGUACGCAUCCAAUGGGCUCGACCGGAUCCACCCUCCACGUCCGCAUCACCUCGACUCGGGGAGGAGGAAAUCACCCCGGUCACGGCAACCGCAAUUAUUACAGCAGCAUCUCCCGUGGGACGAGCCAAACCGUUGUACUACACGUUACAACUGAGCCAAGACGCCGAUCCGGAGUGGAUUGUCAUUUACGAGGGGACCGAGACAUCCUACAAGGCAACGCGAUUGCAAGAAAACAGCUCCUAUUCGUUUCGGGUGUGUGCUAGCAACGUUUCCGGCCCCGGUGUAUACAGUACCGUGCGGACAAUCACCACGCCCCGACUCCCACCUCCGGUUGUUCGUGGUAAGCAAUGGCAGUGUGUGUGUGUGUGUAUGCCUUGA